CUAAGACGGGAAACUGGUCUGAUGUGAAUCCGGUCACAGAAGCGUUUCUCGUCCGAUUUUUCUUUCCGUCUAAACAGACGAAAUAUUUCGCGUUUCGCUCGAAAAUUUAGCCCGUGGAAUUAGGGCUUAAAGAGGGACAUCCCGAGGAUUCUGGAACCAUAAAUCGUCAUAUUCGAAUCGGUGAAAAUCUAGUGUGAAGUAAGGAACCAAUUUAGGCUCAAAAUGAGGCUGGAUCUUCCGCAAAACGCGACGAUGUCGGACAUUUAUAAAUACGUUAUGGAAUACAACAUUACUCACUCAUUGGUUCGAAUACCCGAGCAUGAAUUACAGUUGCUACAUCGGAAACUGUGCAGCGAUCUUCACGAGAUAUUUCAUCACGAGUUCGAAAUCGACGCGGACCGAAAGAUUUCGCAUUAUUUUCAAAAAAUCCGAAAGGAAAAUCAAAGCAAGGGAGACAAGGAGCUGACGUUUCGCACGAAAUCCGUCAACGAAAAUCGAUAUUCUUUGUUCCACGACGAUCUGCAACAAUCCGAGAAGAUCAGUGUUUACGGUUCCGACCCCACACAAUCUGGUUUGCGCAAUGCCGUUGCCGAUUUGGGCGAUGAUUUUUGUUAUACUGUUGGGGGUUAUUGGAGGGAACUUGCGGAUAGAGGGGUAUCGUCUUCAACCACGUUCGACACGAUGAUUUCUAAAGGUGCGUUGAUCGAUUCUGAUAUCCCCGCAUCUUCCAAAGAGAGUGUAAACGUAGGAUACGGUAGGACCCUAUAUGUCGAUGAAGCAAAAGCCACCUUGUUCUUUCACGCACCAGAUUUCGUGAAAAGCCAAUCCCUGUCGUUCGAAUUUGUGAAAGAAAAAUGCCGGUACGGAGAGACGCAUGUCGUUUUGUUAACUUUCAUCAAACUAAAACCGACGUCAAAGUUCAUUGCAAGCGCCCAAGCGGAAUUUGGCUUCAAGGUGAAAAAGAGAUAUGCUGUGCCUACAUGGGGGAAGGUUCUUUCAUUGGGCAUCUUUUGUUUUCUCGACCAAGAAAAAACGCAGAAAUUCUCCUCCGAUCAGUUUCACGUUCAAUUUGAAUGUUUUUCUUCGCGAUUUGAGAUUAAAAAGAAACCGAAGAUUGACAUUUCAAUUCAGGACGCGAAGGAAUUCUUAAGUUUUGAGCAACAAAUGCUAGAAUAUGAGAAAAAACUUGGAAUGAAGGGCGAACUGAAGCAAAUCGAAGCAAACAGCCAGGAAGUCGAUAAAGAAACGUCAGAAAUGAUGACCGAAGACCAGCUACAAGAACUUCAGCUAGCGACGGUUGGGUUAAGCAGCCAUAUUCUCUGGAAGAGUUUAGAUCUUGGGAGAUGGAUAAAGAGGAACAGUUGGUUAUUAUACGUGACCUUCAAGAAUGGACAGAGAACGAUAUUAAACCUCAACGUUAUACAACAGUAUGAGAAAGCGUGCAUUUUGGAGGUCGCCCUUCGGAGCAGGGCGUAUCCGCAUAUGGACAAGGCCUUCAGAGACACGGGCGUUAAGAAAUGGCAGAUUGUUCUCGAUGAUAGCAGGACUCCUCAAGACCUUACCAACGCGUGCGGGUUCGCGUUCGAGGAAAUCGUCAAUGCCCGCGUAAUGGCCAAGGCGGCAGAAAAGGGAAUUCCGAUAACAUGCAUAAAAGGUGACGGAUUAGGGGAGUACAAGGACGCCCAGGGAAAUACUGUAACCACGCCAGAAUACGUGGACGCAGUGUUCGUAAAUGAUGCAACAGGGGACAUGAUUAGUGUGCAAUACAAGUUUAGUGACGAACAAUGGCAACUGGAAGAAUCUGUUACGCAUUGGAAAGACUAUUGGGAGGGAAAAGGGAAAGACCUCACGGGAGUUGACGUGAUCGUACCCAAAGGUGUUGAAAAAGGUGGUAAAUUCAAUGAAGUCGUGAAGUUUGGCCAUGAAAUUGUCGUCGAGGCUCCAACAGCUAACGAGGUCUAUCAGUGGCUUCUUUCAAACGUAGACAGAUUGAAAAAAAUAGCAUCGGAAAGUCGAAAUGUGAAAGGCUGGAAGACCAGCAUCGAGAAUGCCAAAAAUAUUAUUGAAAAACUAGAAAAUGCUGUGAAAGCGAAAGAAGGUGCACUAAAGAAGGCAAGAAAUCCAAAUAAAUUGCAAGAAGAUACAGAAAGACUGAAGGCGGGAAUCGACACUUUUAAGGACUGCUUGGCACAGGCAGAGAUCAAGAAAGAAAGAGCUGAUGCGAGAAUGGAACGAGUGAUCGCUGGAGAUGGGAAGAACUCCAUACCUGGAGUGAACGACGAACCUGCAAACCUCAUCGCGAAGCAGGCAGAAAAAGAAAAAAGUGUGGCCAGAGCGAACAAAGAACUUGUUGUGUCUGCUGGCCUGGCGAUUGCGAUCAGCGCUGCAACUGAGAUCCUCUGUUCACUUAUGGAUGAAAUUGAGUUAUGGAGGGAAGGGAAGCAGACUAUUGGGGAAGCAGCUUUGCACGUGUUCACGCAAGCGGUGAAACCGACGCUUAUCGGAGCGGGUAUUGGCGUGGGUAUCAGUGUUGUGCAGUACAGCCUGACGAGAAUGGCGCUGGUGGAGUCCUCGAGCCUCGCAGCAAGUCUAGGCGCGUAUGGAAGUAAAGUGUUCGGGCCAGCUUUGAUUGUUGCGAGUAUGGCUUAUCAAAGUUACGCCAUUAUUUCACAAUACAACAAGGAGAAAGAGUUCGCUCCGUCCGUUGCCAGAAAACAGAUGAUCGUCGAUUUUACACGUAUGGCGGGUGUCACAAUCGGGUCUGCUGCCUGUUUUGCGGUCGCCGGUGCUGAAAUAGCCGUGGGCGCUGUUUGUUGCAUUGCAAUCGAGGAGGCAGACCAUCGCAUCGGUAGGCUGCUCGACAAGUUUUUCAACUUCGAUUUGCAAGCGUUCAAGGAGUUACGGCCGAAAGUGAUCGCCAAAGCCUACGCGCUCUUCAAUCUUGAAUCUCACUGCUCCGACAAGGAAUUGAAAAAAGCCUACCGCGCAGCCUUGCGACAGUAUCAUCCUGAUAAAGCCAAAAACAAGGAGGAAAAAGAAAUCACGCAAGCAAUUUUCACCGCAUACACCUUGCUCAAAACGGUACGUGCUGAGAAUGCAUAGUUCUUAUUUCUUCGACCAGGCGGGCAGAAGAUACUUGAGUAGCAUCAUCAGACUUUGUAGCAUCCAAAUCAGAGACUUAUAAUCGUAUUAUUAAUUGCUAAAAAGGUUGUUAGGGUAGUAUUUACGGGUUUUAUAUACACUUUCUAAUGACUCGAUCUGUGGACAUAUUUUAAGACUUUAGAUUUUAAGACUUUAGAUUUUAAGACUUUAGAUUUUAAGACUUUAGAUUACAUAAGCUUAGUUUGAUAAAAUUUUAUGGGACGCUAGGCCUCAUAAAUUGUAAUCGGGGGAUAUAGUAAACGGUGUUCAAUAGACCAGUGCAUGGUGAGUCAUGCAUGCGACUCAUGUUAAGUUUUCAUUUUUAGUAAAAUGAAAUGAAAUGAUUGUCAGUAGAAGUAAUAUGAAUAAAUUCAAGGUUCUGGGGUCGGUUGUAUCAAGCCCGUUUAGCUUAAACAGUGGAUAAGUUCAAAAGAGAAAGCAAGUGUAAC